GACUAUAAAUGGGGAAGUUGAGAAGGUAGAAUCUUUGAACCCUAAAUAUCAAUUUUAGACUCUUCAUAAUAAGCAAGGAAUAUAGUUAAGGUUAAAAUAAGAUUUGUGGACUAUGGAUAUUUAUCCGCGUCCAACAAUUAUUUAAACACGAAAUUAGCUUAUACUUUGAAUGCAAUAAAUCAACAACAGUAAACUAAGAUUGAACAAAGUUUUAGACUGUUUGUCAACCCACCACAACCCUCUUCCUUUAUCCAAGUUUAGGAUUGGCUAUGGAAAAACAUAGAGUUGAACGCAAUCAAUCCUAAAUAAGAUAUUAGAGCAACUCAUCAAAAUAUAUGAGUUUCCAGUCUACAACUUGUCUUCAAUCCACCUAUUUUAGAAUUCUGGACUUCCCUUCUUUUAUGCAAAUGUUCUCAUCAGGUUUUAACUCCAAUAACUUGGUUAGAACCCUUUUUCUUUUUUUUUUCUUUUUUUUUUUCUCUUUUUUUUUUCCCCUCAGGCGCUCAUAGAAAAAGAUUGGCUUGCAUUUGGUCAUCCGUUUUCAGAUCGUGCGGGAAUGCCUAUUGCAUCUGGAAGUGGCAGCAUGCCAUUUGAAUUAUCGCGGCAGUCUUCUACUGGAAGUUUAUCUCCAUCACCAAUGCGUCAAGCAUCGGGCUCAUUCCCAUCUCAAGCACCAUCUCCUUCACAUGCACAAAACAAUUAUUCUCCCAUCUUUUUGCAGUGGGUUGAUUGUGUUUCACAACUGUUACGGAUGUAUCCUUUUGCUUUUGAAUUCUCGUCGGCAUUCCUGGUAGACUUACUGGAUUGUGUACUUUCCUGUCGUUUCGGGAACUUCCUGUGCAACAGGUACAGUCUCUCUGUUGUGAAAUUUCUCCAGUUAAACCUUGCUUCUCAACUAAACUUUAUUACUUCUUUAUUCUCAAAUCAUGAAUAAAGUUU